AUUUUCAAGAAAUGCGUGGCAUAUUAUUUCUCGGUUGCGUUUUCUCUUCAGCCUCAGGCUCCCUUCUGUUGAGAGUUCAGAAUAACGUAAUCCUUUUGCUCAGCCCCAGCGCAGGCGUACAUUGUGCUUGACAGCAGGGUUUCGCUGUGCUUGGGCUCUUGGCUCCAGAAAACAGCUGUACAGGAGGACCCACAAUGCAGCGCGAGUUCUUCUCUCAGUGUUCUAUUCUGGUACUAGUCUAUUAACCCAUAAUAAUGGUAGCAGGAUCGGAUUCUUGGACACCCCGAUGUGCAGUUUACUGAGACGCGGAGAAAGGGAAGCUGUAGCCAAGCCUCAAAAUGACCACCGGAUUCAGCUCCAACUCCUGCCGAUUCGCAGACUACUUCGUCAUCUGCGGGCUGGAUACCGAAACCGGGCUGGAGCCGGACGAACUCUCCGCAUUGUGCGAGUUUAUACAGGCUUCUAAAUUGAGAGAUGGGGCCGGACGAUUCACUGCGAGUGGCGAUGAAGGGGAGAAUUUUGAGCAGAGCCCUUUAAGGAGAACGUUUAAAUCCAAGGUGUUGGCUCACUACCCUGAGAAUGUGGAGUGGAGUCCUUUUGACCAAGAUGCUGUGGGAAUGCUCUGCAUGCCCAAAGGCCUUUCCUUCAGGACCCAGGCUGACAACAGAGACCCUCAGUUCCAUUCCUUCAUUAUCACCCGGGAGGAUGGCUCCAGGACUUACGGAUUUGCUCUCACCUUCUACGAGGAGGUCACCAGCAAACAGAUCUGCAGUGCCAUGCAGACCCUGUACCACAUGCACAACGCGGACCAGUAUGACAUCCUCCAUACCUCACCCACCACUGGGAAAGACAGCGCCAGCCACGGGACGCCCGUGACGAAACUGCAGCGCUUCAACUCCUACGACAUCAGCAGAGACACGCUGUACGUCUCCAAAUGCAUCUGCUUGAUUACGCCCAUGUCCUUCAUCCAGGCUUGCAGGAAAAUACUGCAACAACUCCACCAAGCUGUGACUUCCCCCCAGCCGCCCCCCCUGCCGCUGGAAAGCUACAUCUUUAACAUCCUCUACGAGGUUCCCCUGCCUCCCUCCGGCAGGUCUUUGAAAUUCUCCGGUGUAUACGGACCAAUUAUAUGCCAGAGGCCAAGCACCAGUGAACUGCCGCUCUUUGACUACCCUGUUAAUGAAGUGUUUGAGCUGUUGGGCGUGGAGAAUGUCAUACAGCUCUUCACCUGCGCGCUGCUGGAGAUCCAGAUACUACUGUAUUCCCAGCAUUACCAGAGAUUGAUGACGGUGGCGGAGAGCGUCACGGCUUUAAUGUUUCCAUUCCAGUGGCAGCACGUCUACGUUCCUAUUCUCCCUGCCUCACUCCUGCAUUUCCUGGAUGCCCCUGUACCUUACAUGAUGGGCCUGCACUCCAACGGACAUGACGACAGGUCCAAACUGGAGCUCCCCCAGGAGGCCAACCUGUGUUUUGUGGACGUUGAUAACCACUUCAUUGAACUGCCUGAAGACUUGCCGCAGUUUCCCAACAAACUGGAGUUUAUUCAAGAAAUCUCAGAGGUCUUGAUGGCAUUUGGAAUACCUCCAGAAGGGAACCUGCACUGCAGUGAAAGCGUCUCCAAGCUGAAAGGUUUCCGGUCCAGAGACCUUGCAUCUGACAAGCGCAAUGGGAACAUUGCAGGCUCCCCUAUGAACUCCUGCAGCCUGCUGAAGGAAAACAAGACCAUAGCCAGGCUACAGGCCCUAGUAAAAAGAACUGGUGUCAGCUUAGAAAAGCUCGAGCUGCGGGACGAGGAGGAGGCGAGCAGCAACAAGGACCUGAAAGUGCAGUGUGACGAGGAGGAGCUCCGGGCGCACCAGCUCAACAUCCAGCUGCGAGAGGUCUUUGCCAACCGAUUCACUCAGAUGUUUGCGGAUUACGAGGUGUUUGUGAUCCAGUCCAGUCAGGACAAGGAGUCCUGGUUCAGCAACAGGGAGCAGAUGCAAAACUUCGAUAAAGCCUCCUUCCUGUCUGAUCAGCCUGAGCCGUACCUGCCUUUCCUCUCCAGGUUCCUCGAGACGCAGAUGUUUGCUUCCUUUGUCGACAUGAAAAUCAUGGGCCAUGAUGACGAAGAUAAGGACCCCAUAAUGAGGGUCUUUGACUCGAGAGUGGAUAAGGUCCGCAUGCUGAACGUCCGGACUCCGACGCUGAGGACCUCAAUGUACCAGAAAUGCACAGCGAUAGAUGAAUCCGAAAAAGCCAUAGAAAUGAGGCUGGCAAAGAUUGAUCACACUGCGCUGCAUCCACAUCUGCUAGACAUGAAGAUUGGGCAGGGGAGAUACGAACAUGGAUUCUUCCCUAAACUGCAGUCCGAUGUACUGUCUGCAGGACCGACCAGCAACAAAUGGGCAAAGAGAAGCGCUCCUGCGCAGUGGAGGAGGAGGGACAGACAGAAGCAGCAUGCUGAACACCUGUACCUGGACAAUGAUCAGAGAGAGCAUGAGGAUAGCAUCAUCUCAGAGCCGCCAUUGCUGUUGCAUUUAGAAUGGGACUGGCAUGAGCAUCCUCUCAGGCCGUCGGUAAAAUCUGUGUCACAGUCUGAUCUGAAGUACAUUCAAGAAGCAAGAAACCUGGGAACUACAAUUCGCCAACCGAAGCUGUCCAACCUCUCCCCCUCUGUGAUUGCUCAGACCAACUGGAAGUUUGUGGAAGGGUUGCUGAAGGAGUGCAGAAACAAGACAAAGAGGAUGCUGGUUGAGAAAAUGGGUCGGGAGGCAGUGGAGCUGGGGCACGGGGAGGUCAAUAUCACAGGGGUGGAGGAGAACACACUCAUAGCCAGCCUGUGUGAUCUGCUGGAGAGGAUAUGGAGCCAUGGGCUGCAGGUCAAACAGGGUAAAUCUGCUUUGUGGUCCCACAUGUUGCAUUAUCAAGAAAGCAAAGAGAAAAAAGAAGCCACUUCAUUGGGCUUGUGUACCUCAGGCCUCAUUUAUAACCCUGAGAGGAGGAAAUCCGACACUGGGCUUGUAAUGCCACCGCUCAAGGUCUCGCUCAUAAAGGAUAUGAGGCACGUCCAGAAUAUCAGUGAGAUCAAAACUGACGUUGGCAAAGCCAGGGCCUGGGUCCGGCUCUCCAUGGAGAAGAAGCUGCUGUCCAGACACCUCAAACAGCUCCUCUCUGACCACGAGCUGACAAGGAAGCUCUACAAACGCUAUGCCUUCCUGCGCUGUGAUGAUGAGAAAGAGCAGUUCUUGUACCACCUCCUGUCGUUCAACGCGGUGGACUACUUCUGUUUCACCAAUGUCUUCACAACAGUCUUGAUCCCAUACCAUGUGCUAAUUAUUCCCAGCAAGAAGCUGGGAGGCUCCAUGUUUACAGCCAACCCCUGGAUCUGUAUCUCCGGAGAGCUUUCUGAGACGGGAGUCCUGCAGAUCCCCAAAAACAACCUGGAGAUGACCUUUGAGUGCCAAAACCUUGGGAAACUGACAACAAUACAGAUUGGACAUGAUAACUCAGGAAUCUAUGCUAAGUGGCUGGUAGAAUGGGUCGUGGUCAGAAAUGAAAUAACAGGACACGCAUACAAGUUUCCGUGUGGGAGGUGGCUUGGGAAGGGAGUGGACGAUGGAAGUCUGGAGAGAAUCCUGGUGGGAGAGCUCGUAACCCCCGGCACGGAGAGUGAUGAGCGGUUGUGCCGGACACCACCCCUGCAGCAGUCCCCCAGCAUGAUCAGGAGAUUCGUUACUAUAUCACCAAACAGCAAACCAAAGUUAAAUACAGGGCAGAUCCAGGAGUGUGUGGGUGAAGCGAUCAAUGGGAUUGUCAAGCAUUUCCACAAACCUGAGAAAGAGAGGGGCAGCCUAACACUGCUGCUGUGUGGGGAGUGUGGUCUGGUCUCAGCCUUGGAGCAGGUGUUUCAGCAUGGGUUCAAGUCUCCUCGGCUCUUCAAAAACGUCUUUAUUUGGGAUUUAUUAGAAAAAGCACAGGUAUAUUUUGAGAGUCUUGAUCAGCAGGAAAUGAACCAAGAUGAGAACUGGCAGACGAGAGCAAGAAACUUCUGUCGAUUCAUGGGUGCCAUUAACAGAACCCCAAGGAGCAUUGGGAAGGAUGGCAAGUUUCAGCUGUUGGUGUGCCUAGGAGCCAGGGAUCACCUGUUGCACCACUGGAUUGCACUUCUCGCUGACUGCCCAAUCACUGCACAGAUGUAUGAGGACAUGGCUCUGAUAAAAGACCACACUCUUGUGAACUCCCUUAUCAGGGUGCUACAAACAUUGCAGGAGUUUAACAUCACUUUGGAGUCUUCUCUGGUCAAAGGGAUAUGUAUCUAGGGGGGCGUGGCUACACCAAGCAUGUCAACCAGUGCGAACCAUGGGGAAUCCUUCAAAUAGAGUUACAUUUUUUUUGUCAUGCAAGAGAGACUUCAACGAAGGACUUUUUCUUAAAGCUACGUUAUUUUUUGCCACAUAUAAAGUGCAAUGAGCCUUUUAAAAUGCAUGUUUGUCUUGAAACAUGCCAAGCUGUUAUAAGCUUUUUAUUUUGUGCUCUUUUAUGUUUACCAGUAGCUUCUGUUUUUGUGAAUUGAUGAUAACAGCUGUGUUGAAACGCAAUGUUAAUAUAUGUUAAAAAAAGAACAGUAUUAUUUUGAUAUGUUUGACCAGGUGCACUAAUGUUGAAACUACGUUCCAAGUUUAACAGUCGCAGUCAGAAAGCUGAGCUCUAAGCAAACCAGUUAGAAGUAUACUUUAUAAGUACUAAUGAUGAGGGGAUAGGAUUUUAAAUUUAUACAAAUAAAAAUUGAAAAAUAGUUUUAUAUACCUUCCAAUAUAAAUGCACGGAUCUAAUGAGUUUUCAAAAUAAUUUCAGUGACCAUCGUAUCUUAUUAAAAUUUCUUAUUUUCUUUAAAAUAUAUUCAUCAAAAAAACUAGAUUGAAAUCGUUGUAAAGUGUUUUCUUCGCUUUGGUCACAAUUUGCAUGGUAUAAUUUAAUAAGGGAAAAACAAUGUGUUUGUGGGAACCCCUUGGUGUAAAAGUACACUGUUAUUUUUGUAAUAUGUUUACUGUACAGAUACCUAACCCAUUCAUUUUUCUUCUGAAAUGACUAUUUUCUGAUUCAUACACAAUACAAAAAGCAUUCAAAAGAGGAUUUGGUUCAACUUUUUUUUUUUAAAUGAGUUGUUUUUGGUGAGUUUUCUGUUCACUUCACAGUUCUCAAGCUCAUCCAAAUUUCUGUUUGUAUUCCAUGUUUCCGAACUUUUGAAUUGUGACAUAUUUCACCGACUUUCCCAGUAUUUUAGGUCUAGGCCUUAAAUCUGAUUGCUGCUUGUUGCCAUUUUGCAGACCACACUCAUGGAGAUAUGUAAUAUAAAAUGAUGAAUAGAUGAUAGCCUUCAAAAAGUGUUUAUAUUCUUUAAAAAAAAAUGUACUUACAUAAUUUAUGUCCUGUAAAUAUUUGAGUUAGAGCAGAAGGCAACCUCUGUGACUGUGUUUCAUGUGGCUGCGUUUGUCAAUACAUUUAUAAAGAGACAUGCAGGAUUAUUAUUCAAACCUGAGCCUUUUGCUUCCCAUUCUAGUACUUUAAAUGCUGGGAUAUGAUGCCCUGGCAAAUUAUUAAGCUAUGUAUUCAGUAUGGGCCCAUUCUCACUUGGAUUAAAUGCCAUUUAUGCGCUGGAAGAAGACCUUACAUGCCCAUAUAUGGAAUUGUAUUUACAAUAUGGGCAUGUAAUCCCUGCUUCUAGCGUGUAAACCAAGCCAGAAUAGACCCCUAUGUGAAUAUCUACAUUAUAUAUACUGUCAAGGUGCUGAAGGAAAACUCCAUCAAAACUAUGCCCCCUAUAGGAUUGUCACUGUCUGUGCUAUGCAAUACAGUUUAAAGACAAACUUGUUUUUUUUUAUGUUAGAAAUAAAUGCUUGGAUAAUGCUGCUAUUCCAUCUGCCUUCAAAUGGCAGAUAUUGUACCAGCUUAAACGAUAAGCCAACUGGAGCAUUUCUUAUUGUUAUGUUAUUUUUGUAUGUAUGUCUUUCGCCUAAUGAAGCUAUGUCCUGUACUGUAAUAUAUGACGUGGUUUAUUGUGUACAGUGUAUAAAAUGUAAUACAAUUUUAAAAAACAAACAAAAAAUGGAUGAUAAUGUCUGUAUGUAAAACUGUAUUGUAUAUUUUUACAUGAUGAACUUGCUCUAGACGUGCUGUAGAUUGCAACUAACAAUGUUACCUGGGGAGUGGUUUUAUAGAAGGAGAUAUUUUUUAUCUUUUAGCUACUCUGGGUUCUGUCAAUAUUAUUAAUGAACUGUAACUCUGUGCUAUAGAGAUGGUCUUCAGUAGUUACACAUGUACUUUACACUUUCCUUAUAAAUAAACGGUAAA